AUGAAGGCCUCCCUCAUUGUCCUGCUGGCUUUGGUCCUAUGUGUGGAGCAAGCAAACACCCUGUGGUGCUACACCUGUGAGUGGGAACAAAGCAACUGGAGAUGUCUGAAGGCUGAGAAGUGCUCAGACAAGGAUGAGUACUGUGUGACAAAUGUUGCCUCUGUCAGAAUUGGACUUUUGACUUUGUGGAAGAGGAUCACCAAGAAGUGCUCUGAGACCUGCCCACACCACAACUUCAGCCUGGGCCUGGCCUCCUACACCUCUUCCUGCUGCCAGACUUUCUUAUGCAAUCUGGGUGCAUGCUCAGGACCCAAGCUGGCUGAGCAGUGA